AUGGAGACCAGCACGCCGCUGCUCUGCGAGCGCGGCCUGCUGCAGCGCGCCGACGGCUCCGCCAAAUGGGUGCAGGACGGCAGCGCGGUCCUCGCGGCCGUCCACGGCCCCGCCGCCGCGGGGCCCCGCAAGGAGAACCCCGAGCGCGCGGCGGUCGAGGUCGUGUUCAAGCCGCGCAGCGGGCUGCCCGGCAGCCAGGAGCACGAGUGGGAGGAGAUCCUGCGGCAGGCCGUGGAAGGCGUCCUGCUGGCCAGCCUGCAUCCACGGACGUUAGUAACGGUGGUGGUCCAGGUGCUGUCGGCAGACGGUGCGCUGCUAUCCUGCGCGGCAAACGCGGCGUGCGCCGCGCUCGCCGACGCGGGGAUCCCGCUGACAUCGCUGUUUGCUUCGGUCACCGCAGCCAUUGGCGCCCAAGGCGACCUGCUCCUCGACCCAGACGCCGAAGAGGAGGCGGCGGCGCGCGCCGUGUUCUGCCUGGCGUACCCAUACAGGCACGAACCCGCUCAGGGCGGCGGCGGCGGCGAGGAGGGCGCGGAGGCGGCAGCGGCAGGAACCCCUCAGCAGCAGCAGCAGCAGCAGCAGCAGCAGCAGCAGCAGCAGCUGCUGGUCGUGGACGAGGGCGUGCUGACGUGCCACUCCACGGGGCGCUUCAGCCCGGAGCAGCUGGUGUUGGCGAUGGACGCGUGCCGGCGCGCGUGCGCGGGGGUGGCCAAGUUCUCAAGGAUGUCGCUGCUGGCCGGGUUCGCGGACGCGGUGGUCAGCUCAAGAUGA